GCAAAUAGCACGAAGAACGUAAGUCUUUACCUCGGUAAUACAACUUACCGCGUCUCUGGAUAUAAAUACAUCGUUCGGGUCCGUUCAUCGACCAGCAAAAAAAUUUGAUCAGACUUCUCCAAUACAAAUCAAUUUCAUCUGCGCUUUUGCUAUUACCCUGACGCUUGAUAUUUACCACAAUGAGGCUUCUCACAGUCUCUAUCCUUGCCAUCACUCUGAGCACUGGGGCCCUGGCUCAAGGUUGGCAUGGGUGUGCUGCAGGGUUCUCUUGCAAUACCAAGGAGGAAUGUCGUAACCAGGAAGAUUGCAAGACGACAGCCGGUGGCGAUCUUGAAAAUAUCUAUUGCGGACAGGCGAACCAUCCUUAUGCCUGCUGGGCGGUGAAUAGCAUUUAUAUCAAGUAGAGACGAGAAUAGGCAUACUGACGAUCUUAUAGUACUACCCUACUGCUAACUGAUUGUGGGGUGACAUGCGGUCCUGCUAUGAAGGUGUGGGAAAACCGAGUAUCAGAGCAAGAGAAAAGCAAGAAAGGGAAAUGGGAAUGUCUCUUGUAGACUCUGAAAUUUGCUGUCUUUGUUGACAGUUCUGUCUCUUGCUACGACCAAAUUGAGCGAUAUGAUGUAUACGUCUAUUUAGUAUGAUGAAUCACGUGCUGUUCUAAGAUCCCUGUUUCAUUGCAUACCUGUACAGCUUUCUUGAGCUCUACCAUUCCCAGAGUUCAAUAAAGACCCCGAAGCACAUAUGUGCGCGAUCGAAAGCGAACUUGUACGAUUGGAAGGAUUUUGGGCCAUUU